CCGGAAGUAGAAGCGGGGGUGGCGGCGGCGCAAAGCUGAGGGAAGUAGGAAGGCAGGGAGCCGGAGACCCGGAGCCAAAGUCACAGCGGCGGUAAUAGUCGGAGACCCCUCUAGGCCACCGUCCCUAGCGCGGGACCGCGGGGUUUGAUAGGAAUUAGCAGGGAGCAAGCAGGGCGGUGGGACGCUGUGAGGAGAGGCUGGGGGAGGGGGGCGGCCCAGCUCAAAAUAGUUGCCCUCCCCCCCAGCCCGCUCUAAACCCUGAGACCCUGAAGGGACAUUCUUAUCCCGGCUCGUUGUCGUCGCCUUUCCCAGGAGACCCCUGUGCGGUGCGGAGGGGGCGGCGGCCCCGGCUCUGACCCGCGCCGGGGGAGGGGUUGGGGUUGGGCCAUGGCGGAGAUCAGCGACCUGGACCGGCAGAUCGAGCAGCUGCGGCGCUGCGAGCUCAUCAAGGAGAGCGAAGUCAAGGCCCUGUGCGCCAAGGCCCGAGAGAUCUUGGUAGAGGAGAGCAACGUGCAGAGGGUGGAUUCGCCAGUCACAGUAUGCGGUGACAUUCAUGGACAGUUCUAUGACCUCAAGGAGCUGUUCAGAGUGGGUGGCGACGUCCCUGAGACCAACUACCUCUUCAUGGGGGAUUUUGUGGAUCGUGGUUUCUACAGUGUUGAAACGUUCCUCCUGCUGCUGGCACUUAAGGUUCGCUACCCUGACCGAAUCACCCUGAUCCGGGGCAACCACGAGAGCCGUCAGAUCACCCAGGUCUACGGCUUUUAUGAUGAGUGCCUGCGCAAGUAUGGCUCGGUGACUGUGUGGCGCUACUGCACUGAGAUCUUUGACUACCUCAGCCUGUCGGCCAUCAUUGAUGGCAAGAUCUUCUGUGUGCACGGGGGCCUCUCCCCCUCCAUCCAGACCCUUGACCAGAUCCGGACAAUUGACCGAAAGCAAGAGGUGCCUCACGAUGGUCCCAUGUGUGACCUGCUCUGGUCUGAUCCUGAAGAUACAACAGGCUGGGGUGUGAGCCCCCGUGGGGCUGGCUACCUAUUUGGCAGUGACGUGGUGGCUCAGUUCAAUGCAGCCAACGACAUUGACAUGAUCUGCCGUGCCCACCAACUGGUGAUGGAAGGUUACAAGUGGCACUUCAAUGAGACUGUGCUCACUGUGUGGUCAGCACCCAACUACUGCUACCGCUGUGGGAACGUGGCAGCCAUCCUGGAGCUGGAUGAGCAUCUCCAGAAAGAUUUCAUCAUCUUCGAGGCCGCUCCCCAAGAGACGCGGGGCAUCCCCUCCAAGAAGCCUGUGGCUGACUACUUCCUGUGACCUUUUGGUCCCUGCCCUCCCCCUCCAGCCCCUCUGGCCCUUGGACCACUGUGACGCUACCCUCUUCUCCAGAUGGAGGCUGGGCAUGGAGGGCUGUCCCCAGCUCUGCUCUCCCCGCAGAGGGCACUUCGAUGGUGAGGACUUUCUCUGGAGAGGCUCGGAGCCACCGCUCCAUGCUCCUCCUCUCCUUUCUUCCCACCUGAACCAUGAAGUUUCCAAUAAUUUUUUUUUGUUUUUUGUUUUUUUGUUUGUUUGUUUUUAGAUAAAAAUUUUGAGAAAAAGAAAAAAUUCUAAUAGAAGAAAUAUGGU